AUGUCGCAAAGACAGCGCGAUACCAUUGUACUGGCAGUACGAAUUUUCCAAGCGUUGAAGACGACUGAAUUUUCGGUUUUGAUGGAACAAGUCUUGCGUAACACACACCAAGCGUCGGACCAGCAGGGGGGGGCCGGAGACACGGGGACCUUUGUGGCGACCGACGUGGACCUGUUGCUGGUACUGGAAUUGAUGGCGAUGCAAGCCGUUGCCUCACUGGAGUAUGCACACACGAUGGAGAAGGAAAAGAAGAACGCCGUGCUGGAACGUGACUCGCUCGAAAGGGAUAUAAACGAAACACUGCAGUCCUACCAAAGUCUGAUACACGAGAUCAUGAGCAACCAAGUAGACAUGGAAACCCUCAACAGACACGUGAGCCAAACUCUCAGCCGUAGCGUACGGACAAGUGCUGGCAGCAUCGACUUGGGCUCCCUCUCCAAACACGAUCCGCCGCGACAUGACCCGUCGCGACAGGUGAAUACUGCAGACUACAAACAGCUCCAAAGCCAACUAAAGGAAAGCCAGGCGAAGAGUGAAGCCUACUUGAAGGAAAUGGAGGGACACAGAAUAAAGCUUAACGAGCUGCAGAGAAGACUUAAUGAGAAAGACCAACAACUGCAGGAGCUGCUCCUCAACACUAGUCACCACCCAGCACAGGAACCCGUGAUGAACACCCAAAAGGUGGCGCAGCACCUGAAUGACCUGAAUACAGUAACAAUCAAAGACACUGACAAUUUUCAUGAUUAUGACCGCAUGUUGAAUGAAAGAGCCAAGGAAGUUGAUAUGUUGCGAGGCCGAGUGGAAUCUUUGACGCGGAAGUGCGAAGAGCUGACGGCAGACCGCGAUUUCAUCAACAAGAAAAUGACGGCGCUUCAAGCUAAGCAGCGCACAGAAGGUACUUCGCCUUCGCGACAGCUCGAGACGAUGACUACCAUUCGGAACAAGGAGCUCGAGAUGUAUAAGGCCAAUGUGGACGAGUUGCAGACCAAGCUCGACCGCACCAACCGGGAGAUGGAAACCAUUAUUGGGCGGGAGAGUAAACUCCGCAAGGAGUGUCAACGUCUCAAAACCGAACUAGAUGAAAGAACCUUCACCAAAAUGAAUCAGACUGCGUUCAAACACGGCCACGAACAAACUGUACUUGACAUGGACACUGCCGGCGGUACAGCCUUGCUCAUGCAAACUACAACCCAAACCGCGCCAGUCGACAAAUGCCUCCGGGAGAAAGACGAGACCAUACGAACUCUCCAAGCCGAAGCAGACAAAACCAAAACUCAGAACAUGAUCUUGACUACGCAAAACAAUGAACUGAAAAUCGAAAAUAAAAGACUCAAUGACGAGGUACAGUCUCUCCAGGAGAAAUUGCGCAAGGCUCUCAGUAGCAAGUAG